AUGAGCAACCUUAAGCUAGGGGUGGAUGUGGUUAGUGCCCACAACCUUCUGCCGAAAGAUGGGCAGGGUUCAUCCAGUGCUUUUGUAGAACUCUGCUUCGAUGGUCAGAGAUUCCGUACCACUAUCAAGGAGAAGGAUCUCCACCCUGUUUGGGAUGAGAGCUUCAACUUCAACAUCUCUGACCCUUACAACCUCCACAAUCUCACUUUGGAUGCCUACAUCUACAAUAAUGUCAAAGCCACCCACUCCAGGUCCUUCCUAGGGAAGAUUUCCCUGAGUGGGACUUCAUUUGUUCCCUACUCUGAUGCUGUUGUCUUGCACUACCCUCUGGAAAAGCGUGGGAUCUUCUCACGUGUAAGAGGAGAGCUCGGCCUUAAGGUUUAUAUUACAGAUGACCCUUCCUUAAAGUCAUCUAUCCCUUUUCCUGCAGCAGAGAACACUCAAGUCGACACCCAAUCUGUUCAAAAUCCAGCCCCAAACACUUUUCAUAAUGUGAUACACGAAGCAAGACACACUUUCCAUCAUCUCCCAAACCCUAAUCACUCUCAACAGCAGCGUAACACUUCUGCAGUUGCAGUGCCCCAACAGAUGGUGAAAUAUGGGGUCAACGAGAUGAAAGCUGAACCACAGCCUCCAAAGCUCGUCCGUAUGUACUCAGCAUCAUCAGCGCAACCUGUUGAUUAUGCUCUUAAGGAGACAAGCCCAUUCCUUGGUGGGGGACAGGUUGUGGGUGGUCGUGUUAUUCAUGCAGACAAGACUGCAUGUACUUAUGAUCUCGUUGAACGGAUGCACUUCCUCUUUGUUCGAGUUGUCAAGGCUCACGAGCUUCCUGCCAUGGAUGUUACGGGGAGUCUUGAUCCAUAUGUUGAGGUGAGAAUUGGAAAUUAUAAAGGUGUUACAAAGCAUCUAGAGAAACAACAAAACCCAGUGUGGAAUGUGGUGUUUGCCUUCUCAAGGGAACGAAUGCAAGCAUCUGUACUAGAAGUAGUAGUUAAGGACAAAGAUCUGGUGAAAGAUGACUUUGUUGGCUUUGUGAGGUUUGAUCUCAAUGAAGUUCCUAUGCGUGUUCCACCGGAUAGUCCACUGGCUCCACAAUGGUACCGACUUGAGGAUAAAAAGGGAGAGAAGAUAAAGGGUGAGCUGAUGCUUGCUGUCUGGAUUGGCACCCAAGCAGAUGAGGCAUUUCCUGAUGCAUGGCAUUCUGAUGCUGCUACCCCCAUUGACAGCUCAGCAGCAGCAUCCUCACUAAUACGUUCAAAGGUUUAUCAUGCACCACGGCUUUGGUAUGUCCGUGUAAAUGUUGUCGAGGCGCAGGACUUGGUUCCAACAGAGAAGAAUCAUUUCCCGGACGCAUACGUAAAGGCACAAAUAGGAAAUCAAGUCCUGAAAACAAAGACAGUUCAGGCUCGGGCAUUUAACCCGCUCUGGAAUGAAGAUCUUUUGUUUGUUGCUGCUGAACCAUUUGAAGAUCAUCUUAUCCUCACUGUUGAGGAUCGUGUGGCUCCAGGCAAAGACGAGAUCUUGGGAAGGGUCAUUAUACCGUUGAGUCUUGUGGAGAAGCGUGCUGAUGAUCGCAUCAUCCAUUCUCGUUGGUUUAACCUUGAAAAGCCAGUUGCAGUGGACGUGGAUCAACUGAAGAAGGAGAAGUUUUCCAGCAAGCUACAUCUCCGAGUCUGUCUAGAUGGAGGUUACCAUGUUCUUGAUGAGUCUACUCACUACAGCAGUGAUCUUCGUCCCACAGCAAAACAGCUCUGGAAGCCAUCAAUUGGGGUUUUGGAACUUGGCAUCUUAAAUGCUGUGGGGCUCCACCCCAUGAAAACAAGAGAUGGGAAGGGCACAUCAGAUACAUACUGUGUGGCAAAGUAUGGUCACAAAUGGGUCCGAACUCGCACCAUUGUUGACAACCUCUCUCCAAAGUACAAUGAGCAAUACACUUGGGAGGUUUUUGAUCCGGCAACUGUACUCACUGUUGGCGUUUUUGACAACAGUCAGCUUGGAGACAAGGGUUCAAUCGGUAAUAAGGACCUGAAGAUUGGGAAGGUUCGAAUUCGUAUUUCCACACUGGAAACAGGCCGUAUUUAUACCCACUCUUAUCCAUUGCUAGUCCUUCACGCUACAGGAGUUAAGAAAAUGGGAGAGCUGCAUUUGGCCAUACGAUUUUCGUGCACAUCUUUCGCUAACAUGCUCUGUGUAUACUCGCGGCCAUUGUUACCAAAAAUGCACUAUGUUAGGCCCUUUACUGUAAUGCAACUUGACAUGCUGCGGCACCAGGCUGUCAACAUAGUGGCAAUGCGACUAGGUCGCGCAGAGCCACCACUUAGAAAGGAGGUGGUGGAAUACAUGUCCGAUGUGGACUCACACCUGUGGAGCAUGCGCCGGAGCAAGGCCAAUUUCUUCCGCCUAAUGUCGAUUUUCUCGGGACUAUUCUCAGUUGGGAAAUGGUUUGGGGAUGUCUGCAUGUGGAAGAACCCGAUCACAACAGUGCUCGUGCAUGUGCUUUAUAUUAUUCUUGUUUGCUUCCCGGAACUGAUUUUGCCUACAAUUUUCCUCUACAUGUUUCUAAUAGGAAUCUGGAACUUCAGGUACCGACCCAGGUACCCUCCCCACAUGAACACAAAGAUCUCACAAGCUGAGGUGGCACACCCUGAUGAACUUGAUGAGGAGUUUGACACAUUCCCAACGAGUCGGAGCCCUGAUCUGGUCAGACUGAGGUAUGAUCGUCUAAGAAGCGUGGCUGGUCGGAUUCAGACUGUUGUGGGUGACAUUGCAACGCAGGGGGAGCGUUUCCAGUCACUGUUAAGCUGGAGAGACCCUCGUGCUACAGCUAUCUUCGUCACAUUCUCCCUCAUAGCUGCACUGGUGUUGUAUGUGACUCCCUUCCUGGUGAUUGCAGCCUUGGCCGGAAUCUAUGUAAUGAGGCAUCCAAGAUUUCGUUAUCGUUUGCCAUCAGUGCCUAUCAACUUUUUCCGUCGGCUGCCAGCUAGGACGGAUAGUUUAUUGUAAAUUAGUGACUAGCUGUUGCUGACAAGGUAAUGAGGAUUUGGUAUAUGCUGUUCAAUCUUUAGAUUGUAACAUAAAUGUUUCCUUUCUGUUUCCCAAGUACUCUGUCUUGGCCUUGGAAGUAGUCAGUUAUUAGAUAUCCAAGACCUCAAAUAAUUCCCAUGUGACCUUUUUUAUAAGCUGAUGUAUGCUUAAUAAGCUCUGUUGGAUUCCCCUCGGCCCCCCUUUCUCUCUUCCCCUUGUAGAAGCAGUUACAGAGAAUUGCAUCUCAAGGGAUUUAAAAUUCCAGGUAAAAAUGAU